AUGUCAUCGGCGUCACCCGGAAGUGAUGCGUCCAGUAGUAGCAUCACAGACAGCGGUACCGAUGAAUCGACACCACCUGGAUCUCCUAAAGCACCUGCUUCCACCAGUGCGGCCCUUACUACCACAGCGUCGGCUGCAUCCUCACGGUCGGCGCCGUCGCCACCGCCAAAUUUGCCUGCUCGUCGGCCGUCAGUGGUUCCUGUAGGCCGCCAAGCUGCUAUACAUGCAACGCCCACAGCUCCUAGGCGAAAGCGCAAGGCCGUGCCACCACGUCGACGACCUAGCAGUCCUGCAGGUACCACACAGUCGAUAAAGCGAAAAAGGAGCCAAGGCGAAGCGGUGCUUCGGGAGAUUCGACUGCUGCAGCGCUCCACUCGAUUACUGCUGCGAAAACUUCCCUUUGCUCGCGUAGUGCGAGAAAUUCAAACGGAGUUCACUGGCAUAGAUUACCGCUGGCAAGCUGAAGCGUUGCUGGCGCUGCAAGAAGCUACCGAGACGUACCUUGUACGCACCUUCGAAGACGCGAAUUUGUGUGCUAUCCACGGUAAGCGCAUGACGUUACAAGUGAAAGACAUUCAGCUGUCAUUACGGAUUCGUGGUAUUCGACCAACGGUUUCUUAA